GACAUUGACAUUCCAAUUGUUUAUAUUUAUUUGGACAAUUCGUAUGUAUAUUAAUAGCUGUUAAGUACUGAUAACAUAUUUAGUAAACGUUUAACAUCGUAGUGAUUAUAUCCUGUUUGUUUUUAUUAGAGAAGUGGUGCGUAUUAAACUAAGUGCUUUCGUUAUAGUGGAUAGUGGUAUCCUUUGAAUCCUUUCAGCAAGAUGUUAGUAAAGACAAAUAAAGAAAUUCGCAAAUUAGGACCGGGUGAAAUAAACUCCCUUGUAGAAAUCUUACACGCUGUAGAAGAUGACUGGAAAAUUUUCAUGUCUCUUAUACCAAAGGAUCCUCGGAACGAAAAUUCCGAACGAAAAUACAACAGUGAGGAUAUAAGAAAAAUUGAAAAACAUGCUGGAGAUAGUCAAGAAAAAUGUGCCAAGAUUAUGUUUGAUGAAUGGGGGACGUCAGGUCAAAUCCGGCCAACACUGAGAACAGUACAGCAAAUUGCUUUUAAGGCAGAGAUGAUGCGCCUUGUUGAUGAAAUAUCUGUCAUGUUGGGAGAGCCACUUGUUCCUCGGCCAACGCAAGGCCCCGGAGCGCCCGUGACUACGCAAAUUUCUCUUUUUGUAAACGUAGCAAGCACCGCGGAAGUGACAUGUCAAAAUAUUGGACAAAAUGGAGCUAAUGACAUGAGCACCGAGCGAUUACAUAAUGUACCAAACUGGGACCAGUUACAGAGGUCCCGCUGCAUUGAUCUCAACCUUACUACCCCACCAAUUCAACUUGAACCAGCAAAUAAUGUGCCAAACUGGGAUCUAUUGGCCAGAAGCAGAACCCUCAGUACCCAGCACUCUUUUUCUUCUUCUUCAAAUAAUAACUUACCAACAUCACUUGAAUCAGCCAUUAAUAAUACCUCACCAAUUCAAACUGGACCAGGAAAUAAUGCACCUAACUGGGCUCGAUUGGCCAAAACUGCCAAAAGCAAAUCCUUCAGUACCCAGCAGUCUUCUAAAAGCCAGGAGGAAUUCAGCAAUUAGCAGCCUAAACAAAAGGAAAAGAAAAAAUCAUUAGGGCACAAGAGAGACAAUUAUAAGGUCGCUAAUAUGACAAAAGUAGUUUGUAAAGUUAGCACUAAAUAAUAAAAUCGUAUAACUGAAUGUAUAAGC